AUGGCUCACACAACCGAAACCUACUACUAUUACGUCCCCAAUCUUCAGGCCCUCGACCCUACAGCUCGCGAAGUCGACCCUUCAGCUUACGCCUGGGUGCAGCCCACAAUCAUCGAGGAUGAGGAUCUUACUUUUGGCGGAAAGGCUUUGAGUGCCUGGUACGAGGAGGAUCGUCGUCGUCACAGCAGUGGCAGCGAUGAGGAGGAGCGACGCGGUCGUGAGCGUGUGCGAAGAAACUACUCGCGCUCCGGCAAGUCGCACAAGAAGUAA